AUACUGAUGAAGAUCACUGACCUCAGGAGCAUCAGUGUGAAGGGAGCGGAGCGAGUCAUCACCCUGAAAAUGGAGAUACCCGGCUCGAUGCCUCCUCUCAUCCAGGAGAUGCUGGAGAACUCUGAGGGGCUGGAGGGCCACGGGUCGGGUGGAGGGAAAGGGGGAGGAAAAGGAAGAGGAGCCAGAGAGGAGGACGAAGCAGACACAGGGAGUUGUCAUCCGUCGCCCAAAUCUGUCCCGUCUCCCAGCCCGAGCCCGGCGCCCCCUUCUCCUCCCUUAAACUCCCCCUGAAGCAUCCAGCAGCGUCCCUGGACUACAUCAGCAGAAUGUCCCGAACCCAUAAACUCUGGUGACGUGUGCAGCUGCUGCCGUGAGGACUGAUUUCACGGUUGUGUACAUUAAAUGCAAAAAAAAAACCUGCUCACAUCUUUGGUUAUCUUUUUAAGAUGUGUAAAAAGCUGAUAAUAUGCAGGCUGUAGACCUACAUGACGGACUGAUGAGGAGGAUUCUUCUUACGUCACACAUGUCCUGAGUCAUGUGUAGGAUCCAGAGUCAUUACGUGUAAUAUAGUGUACAUAACAAAGCCUGUGCGAGGUUGAAACUGAAACAGACUGAUGCAAGAAGCUAUUUUCUUAAAUGUACAUGUGUAUAUACUGUAUUUCCCCAAUGCAGCUAUCCAUCCACACCACACGAACACAAACGCUCACUCACCUUCCUCCCUCCUUCACCCUCAUAGACACAUCAGAGAAAAUUAUAGGAAGACGUGCGUUUGAAUUGCUUCCAGAUGCAGCUCCGGCAAACUCAACGAGCUUCAACAAACUGUGAAACGCGUGGAGUUCUUUUUUCAACAGAAUAAUAUAUCACGUCCGACUGUCGGUGGACACGUUUUCAACCAAAGCAGAGUUAAAAAUCGAGGUCUUAUUUAAAUCUCUUGAGCAUCGUCAUCAGGUGCUGCCAAACAUCUACGUGUACAAGUUGUAUGUUUGUUUUUUUUGUUUUUUUUUUUUUUAUAGUCUGCACCACUUAAUGUCAUAGUGUGUUUACACAGUGUCACUGCCUCACUGCAGCACCCCUAGUGUCAGGUACAAACCAUCUGUAUCUAUUUCAGUGUCGUCCCCUUUAAUGUGUGGUGAGGUAAGACUCACUGGAAAGUACAAAAUACAGGGAGUUCAAUAAAGAAGUAUGAUUUUUCUUCUUACA